CAAAGCUACAACUCACAAGGAUAGGAGUUUGCCCUUCAUUUCUUGUUUGUCCACAUGGUGAAGAUGGCUGAGACUAAUAAUAUGGUGACCAAGGCAUUGCCACCUAGGUACCCAAAAAAGGCUGGAUCUUCGACCAAGAUUCAAAACCCUAAAAUCAAGCGGCCAACAGAAAUGAACUUGGAGACUGGAGCUCGCGGAACAGAAGUAGUAGAAUGGAAGGGCAAAACAAAUCUGAAGCUCUCCAUAACUGUAGCUCCAUCCUUAGUGAAUGAUAAGUCUAAAGGGAAAGGGAAAGGGAAAAGGAAAGGAGUUGCAACUGGCUUGGAUCCUUCCCGAAAAACUGAUCCCAAUGUUCUCAGAUACAGAUGGAACAAUGAAACUGACCUCGAGAUUAAUCCAAGGAAGAAAAGAAGGAUCCUUGCAAAUCGACUAUAUGCAAAGAAAAUGAGACAACAAAAGUUGGUUUACCUCAGUACACUUGAGCAAAAAGCUAAUGCUUUACAAGCAGAAGUGACUCAGAUAACUCCGGUGAUCUCUUAUCACAAACGUACAAACCUUAGACUCACUGCUGAAAACAACACCAUGAGACAGAGAAUAGACACUCUUACAAGUGAAAAACUUGUCAAUGAAGAUGAAACUGUGAAGCUGAAGAAAGAAAGAGAUAGGCUGCUGGAGCUCCUUGAUCAGCAACAACAGAAAGAACUCCAACAACCCAUACAGGAACCAGUAGAUCUAGAGCUAAGACUAUGAUUGUCAUUGCAUGCACCAUGACAACAACAACCAAAAAAUAACAAAAAUGGUAGAAUUUUCCCUUGGACAAAGAGAAAAUUAACCUUAAUUCCUUCAGAAUAAAUUACAUAAUCUGAUGAUUAGAUUACUUUGGUCAUUAAGUACUAUAUAAUUUUGGUCUUUCAAACCACCUGUUUAGUGGUGGAGUUCAGUUGUAUUCUUCUUUUUCGAUCCUUAAUAUGUUGCUACCUUAUUGAACUAUCAUUUUUAUCAUUUAGAUUAAAGACAAAAUGCAUUCUAUACUUUUAUAUCAAAUAUAAAAUAAAGGCCAUCUUAAAGAAAUCUGGCUAGCCAGAACCUCUAUUUGGCCAGGAAAUGGGGUAUUCAAGUUCAAUGGAUCCUUCUAG